CGGAGAGGAGAGGCGUGGCGGGCGGGAGUAGCGGCCGGAGGGUUCUGGGGAGGUUCCGCCGCUCGCCUCCGGUUUCCCGGGUACGGCAGGAGAACACAGAGGAGAAGACAUUCCAGCUGCUGCAUCUCUUUUAUCCCUACGAAUCUUUGCGAAGACAAGUUAUGUCAACAGCUGCUUUAAUCCAUUUGGUAAGAAACGGAGGUUCUCAAGUACGAAGGAGAGCCCUGCUGACAUCCCGCCUCUUGCAAGACGACAAGCGUCUGACAGUCGAGUGCUACAUUUCCACCUCCGAACGCCGGGCAUCCCGCUUUGAUUCGGACGGGAGCGGGCGGCCCGCCACGUGGGACACCUUUGGCAUCUGGGACAAUCGCAUUGAUGAACCUAUUCUCCUCCCACCUAGCAUAAAGUAUGGAAAGCCGAUUCCAAAAGUCAGCCUGAGCAAAGUGGGCUGUGCCAGUCAUAUUGGGAAGCGGAAGGAAAAUGAAGACCGCUUUGAUUACGCUCAGCUGACUGAGGAUGUCCUGUACUUUGCAGUAUACGAUGGACAUGGCGGGGCGGCAGCAGCAGACUUCUGCGCUAAGAACAUGGAAAGAUAUAUCAAGGAAUUUGCUGUUCAGGAGGAGAACUUAGAAAAAGUUUUGAACGAUGCUUUUCUAGAAAUAAACAAAGCAUACGAAAGGCAUGCUCAGCUGUCUGCUGAUGCAACUCUGAUGAACUCUGGGACCACUGCAACGGUGGCCCUGCUGCGGGAUGGUAUUGAGCUGGUAGUGGCAAGCGUGGGUGACAGCCGUGCCCUGCUGUGUCGAAAAGGAAAGGCCAUGAAACUCACCAUUGACCAUACACCAGAAAGGAAGGAGGAGAAGGAAAGGAUUAGGAAGUGUGGUGGCUUUGUUACCUGGAACAGUUUGGGACAACCUCAUGUGAAUGGUAGACUUGCAAUGACGCGGAGCAUAGGAGAUUUGGAUCUUAAAAACAGUGGUGUGAUAGCCCAGCCAGAAACAAAAAAGGUUCAGUUGCACCAUGCAGAUGACGGCUUCCUAGUCCUUACUACAGAUGGUAUUAACUUCAUGGUGAACAGUCAAGAGAUCUGCGACUUCAUCAACCAGUGCCACGAUCCCACUGAAGCUGCCCACGUUGUUACUGAGCAGGCAAUACAGUAUGGCACUGAAGAUAACAGCACGGUUGUCAUAGUGCCAUUUGGAGCGUGGGGGAAGUAUAAAAAUGGCGACAUCAACUUUUCCUUCAGCCGCAGCUUUGCCUCCAGUGGGAGAUGGGCGUGAAGACCUGACACAGCUAUCUUUUCCUGCAAUAACAUGGAUACAACGUGCUAUAAGAGAACACAUCCAUCUGUUCAUAGGUUGACUCAGUGUCUUGUCCAUCUUUUCUGUUGCCAGUUAUGGAAGAUGCAACUGCUCCUUUGGUGCGUAAUUGCUGCUUACAGCUGAUCACAUUUUACUGUGUUUAUUUAUUCAGAUCAGCAUUGGGUUUCUAGGCCCAGCAGUUCUGCACAUCAUUUCAUUCGCACAGACAAGUCUCUGGGCUUGAGUUAUGACACAUCAGUUUCAUCCCAACUCUUGUUACCUAGUACUCAGUUACCUGGCAGCUGUGAAAGUCCAAGACUGAGCCAUGCGCCAUCUUCUUUGUACGUUAAUACACAGGGGAACAAACGCAGUGUUCUUAGAAAGACAAAAAGGGAGUCUGUUGUUUUCCUCUGUCAUGUAGCCAUCCACAGCUCCCCCAUGUUUCACGAGAAACGGGUGAAAUACAAGGAGGAAAUAUCAGAAGUAAUUAGCCUGUGGUUAUGUUCUGGUGCCAGGGGCAUUCCAUGUAGCUGAAUGGCAUCCCAAUAGAGCACUUUGCUGGGCUUUAGGCUCUCUCUGGUAUUACCUGUGAUGCUUCAGCUCCAAAGAGACAGAGCAAGCAGGAGCCACGUGCUGUUGAACAGAUGGGAACCCAUUGGGCCCAAAGCCCCUACAGUCGCAGUGGACCAUGCAGCCUCUGGCACCAUGCUUCCUUCAGCAUAAUGGUGCCUGAAAAGAGCACGUAGGAGGAGGAAAAAAAAGCAGCCCACUUUAUAAUUUCAGAGACCAUAAUCAAUUUGAGUAUUUGUUUGUUUGGGUUUUUUUUCCUAAGAAAAGGAAACUGUUUCAAAGAGCUUUCAGUUCAAGAUUCUUUGGAUGUAUGAAACAGUAGAGUUUAUUUCUUCAUAUGCAAGGAUUUUCCUGCCCUCUGCCUUUUUUUUCAGCUAGCUACAGUCUCCUGCUGGCAUAAAGACAGCUGUAAAAUGCCCAAAGCCAGAAAGCUAGAGAAAGAAGAGAAUAUUUUAAUAACAUAUGGCAAUUUUUGUUAAGUUUUGGGUGUUGUUUCCACCAGGCAUCAAAUAGUUGGUCACCAAUAGCAGCUUUAAAGAUUUCAUUUCUCUUUCUGGUGGGAGUCUGUGUCCAAUGGGGCACAAAAGGCCAGAGCCCUGAGCCAGCUCGGUGUUGCUGUGAUACAAACUGCUGGUGACACAUCAACAGCAGGUCCAACUUUCCACAUACCUCUUUCGGCCCCAGUUCUCCCUCACUCAAAAUCAGUCGUGCAUCUCCUGUAGCCUCCAAAUUGCCCCAUUGUGAGUAAAUAUGGGCAGAGAAAAGUCAGGCUUUUCCCAUGUAGAUUUUGUUCCAUGUUUCCAACAGCACAAUUAUUUAAAAAGAAGAAAAAAGCCAACUGACAAGAACAAAAUGCGAUGCCUGGUCCGAUUCUCAUUUUCCAGUGUGUCAUCUACAUCUUUUUCUAGCCCCUUCCAGGCCCAUGGUUACAGCACAGUCAUUUCCAUGUGUUCUUCUGGCUGCAGGCUUGGGAGCACCCUGCAGGUCACAGCACUGUACUGACAGCAUUAAUGCUCUAAGUAUAGACAGUACCUUGGUUGUGUCCCAUCACUUGGUGUAUUUAUAUGGUGCACAUAAUGUGCAUAUUCAGUUUAUGAGUAUAAAGAGGUUGUGACUCACUAUUUGUAAGUCUCUAUUGUGUUUGGCGCUGUUGCCCAGGCAGGCACGUUUAAUGAGCACAUCCAUCACUGGUUUACAGUUAUAAUACCUUCUUUCUUCUCCAGAUUUCCCCAAUUCUAUCUUCACUUGAGAUCAAAGUUUUCAGUCUUGGUCUCUGCCUUGCUUACUGGAGGCAAAAGGCACUUUUAAUUGAUAACCUGCAAUUUGCACCCUGCACAACCUGUUUGUAGCAAAAGCAGCAGAACGCAUCCUCUCCUGAGCACUUGCAGAGAGGCAGCACCUGACAGAGACUCAGUGAGCUGUUCCAGCAAUGCCAUUAUGACCUGUUUGCACUGCACAGCUGACUCCUGCUGAAAUAGCAAGUGGUCCUAGCUAAGGGUUAACCACACCACAGCCUUAUUCUGGGCCAAAGAAGGGCUACAGUCAGCUUUGGUUUCAAGUGUCAGACAAACAUGAGCAGCAGAGCCAGGAUUUGGACAUGUCUCAUCAACACUGCUUGGUGCCAAAUGCUGCUCAUUCCUGUUUGGCCAUCCAUCCAGCUAGCCAGGCAAGAUAUCAGGCCUCCCCUGAGGUGUUUAUAACAAGUAUACGUUGAUUUUUUUGAGCUGUGCUGGGUACUCGCCAACCUGAAUACGUGGUAUCAAAUGCAGGGUGGUAAUGAAUAGCACCUGCAGGUGCUCUGAGGAAUGGCCUGGGCUGAUGGAGUAUCUUCUGAGCACUGAUCAGUAUGUAAAAAGAAGUCAUCUUUAUACUUGAGGGAGUUUGGGAGCAUAUUUUUUGUGUUAUCCCUAUCCAGUUCAAGGCCAAGUUGGAUGGAGCCCUGGGCAACUUGAUCUCACACGUGGUAACCCUGCCUGUGACAGGGAGGUUAGAACUUGGUAAUCCUUGAGGUCCCUUUCCAAUCUGAGCCAUUCUAUGAUGCUAUGGUAUCCUAAUUUCAUAGAGAAUGGAAGUGGUUGAGUGCUUCUAUUUCCUCCAGCAGACUGACUGUCCUCUCAGAGGAAGGAUCCACCUAUAGAUGCACAUAUAUUUUAGAAAGGAAGGGAUAAGACAAAGCUUUGCAAAAUAGAAGGCAGUUAGGUAAAGAUAUGUUGGCAGUUCCUAUUACUGCUUUUAAACAAUCACAGAAAAGCUGUGGUUGGAAAGGACAUGGUGAUGUCAUCCAUCCAGCCUACUGCUCAAAGCAGGGCUCAUUUCAGAAUUAUGUGCUGCAGCAAAGGGGCAUGCAUCUACUGACACUGGACUAUAGACUGAAAUGGGAUGGGAAGAAAGAGAUAGGCAUGAGAGCAGUCUGCCUGCAGAACCAACUUCAAUGUGUUCUGGUGGAAGCUUACCAGUAGGUGAAAACCUACAAAGUGAAAACUUUGUAUGGCUACUAAUAAAUGUCACAAAUAAAUUAGCACAUUCAUCUAACAGAUACGAGCUGGUUUUUCUAAAAAGCAAUAAGACAGGAGAUUACAAAGACACAUUUCUUAUUCCCUGGCUGUUCCCUACAGUUUUCUGCAUCUGUUUCUGAAGUAAACAAGCUACUAAUGAAGGCAGAUUGCUUUGCCAAGUGGCCCAUUAGUCUGCCCAUUCCUCUUUCUAUUGCUAAGUGUCGCUUUCACUGGUUUGUAUGAAUUUCUGCCUUCAUGCUGUGCACUGCCAGACUUUGAGUACAUCAGAAACAUCGUUUGGUGCAGACCCUCUGUUACCAAAAUCUUUCUCUUCCCAAACAACAGCCUCGCCUUUUCUUGCAUAUGUAGUAAUCUCCCUUUAGAUUUAUCUGUACCAAGCCUUGUUUUUCUCCAAGUCACCAGGAAAAACCUGCACUUUCCUGUGUGAUUGGUUUUUCCAUCAUUUGAUACUUCUUAAUGAAGAAGCAUUAGGACAAGUCACAGGAAUUGCAUUUCAGUCAUGGGGCUGUUUUGGCACUGACACUGGCAGAGUGAGCCAUGAGUGCAGGUGUAUGGCACCAGCAUUCCCUGUGUGAAGUAUGAAGUCGAAGGAGUAAAGCCAUGCCAAGGCAAAUGGAAACAGCUUAUCAAAAGUAUUUCCUUACCUGGACACUCCUCCUGGACCAGUGCUGUUUCUCAUGGUAGAGGUGCUGCAGGAGGAAGGGGCUGGAACAGCUUUAAUACAGCAUCCUCUGACUAGUCAAUCCUUUUUGGUUUGAAAAGCUCGGGGUUGGUGAAGAAUUGUGGAGCAGAGUUUGUGGUUGAGAAUAAGGGCGGAGUGAGAAAUUGGCAAUAUUACCACUUUUUUUUACCAAUUUGGAGAAAAUUCUGAAGAUCUGGGGCUCACUGCAAGAUUUCUGCUGAUGGAGGAAUCAGAUACUGGAUCAGCAUUUCUGUCUCAACACACAAUGUGCUGUUUUCAAAGGCACAGAAUUUCUAGCUAAAGCAGUAGCACAAAACAGAUACCAGUUACUCUGGUUUAAUAUUAAUUUCUGUGGAAUAGAAUCACGUAGGAAGUUCUAGGUCCAUUGGUCACUUACCCAAUAAGCUGAGCAUAUGGCAGAGCACUCCCCUGCAGUUUCCUAGUUCUGAAGCUGCUGUUCUCCUGCUCUUAAUGCAGAGGUACUAAUGGGGAUUCCCCUUUGCCCAGCAUGUUAAGUGCUUGGGCAGCGGAGUGUGUCAUAACUUUUACAGACUGAAGUGCAAUUGUGUACAUUCACUGCAUACUUUGCCUUAGGACAGUCUAUAAUUCCUGAUGUUUAAUGUUUAUUUUUGGUGUAAUCAGUGACCAUAAUUAAUCUACUACUUCAUUUUACUGAAGUUUUUUUUUUUUUUCUUUUUAAACAUUUGUUUGUCUUCAAAUUUGUGACUCAAAUCUACAGUGGGACAGAUAAGGCUGUACUGAAAUGCUUAAAUAAAGACCUCUAAAUAAA